CUAGUGCCGAGCUGAUGCCAAGAGCUGGUGAACGCAGGGCGAGGCAUAUUAUUCUUCUAUGGGGGAUGUAACGAAGAGCUUGAAGCUCUGGAUGACAUGUAUUUCCUCGACACAGAUGCUGAGGGAGAAAGAUCCAUCAGAACCAAAGCUACCCAUGCGUAAGGAACUUAAGAGAAGGCGGCAAGAGUAUCGUGCCAUGCCAUUCGUGCUAGACAAGCAACGGGAUGCGGACAAGAGCUUGGUUUCAUCUCACGGAGAGUUUCAAGCUCACGUUCAGCCGCUAGGCGAGAAGAUGUUCGAGGCUAAAGUAAGCGACGUAUUCAACUACAGAUACACGCUAGAAGCCUCCAUCGAUGGGAAGCUCUUCCGUGGGCUGCUCUUCUCGUACAAGCCUGGCUUUGCUCAGGCAGUGCAAUCUUACAUCCUCAGUUACUCUCUAAUGCCAGGAAGGAAAGCAUCACAGGAGGAAACCACAGCACGUCCAAAAGGCCGUAGCCAUUUUCUUCUCACAAACUUGCUCCUGGACAAAAUGAUGGAGACUGCCAACGAAAGUGGCAUCUAGUGAAGAAUUGUCAAUCUCUCCUCCACCACACACAUCGCCUCUUACAGUGGUGGAAUCCAGUUCUCACAUCUUAAUGACAAAGCCUGGGUUUCUCAAGACGCUGCUACGACGUGCUACACGGCUUUACAUCCAAGCCUCAAGGACGUCACCGGGCAAUACUUCGUGGAUUCCAACAAAUCCAUCUGUAGCGCUUAUGGCAGAGAUCCCGAGCUCGCUCACAAGCUAUGGACCUUCUCCCAGGAGCUUAUAGACAAGCAUUCUCCGUCCUAA